GUUGAAGACUGACAAAGCUUUGCGUUUGAGUAUCAUUGGAGAAAAACUGCAAUGGUUUCAAAGUCACCUUGACCCCAAUAAAAUUGAGUAUACAAAGAAGGAAGCUGGUGAACUAAUUGAAAAUUAUAUGUGUCGAUUCAAUGCUGAAUUGGAGCAAAUAGAAUUACAAAACAGUAUUAAAGGUAGACAAGGAAGACAGCAUGGUUCACGGGAAACUGCCAUCAAGCAGACCAUAGAACGUGAAAAGCAGCUCUAUGAAGGCUAUGGAAUAGAAAUCCCAGACAUUAUGAACAGAAAACAUCUUAAAUUUUUCAGGUAA